AUGAUGGAGUCCGUAAGGGAUGCCAACAUGAAUAUGAUAAGAGUAUGGGGUGGAGGGGUGUAUGAGUCGGACUACUUUUACGAGUUGGCCGAUGAGUACGGGAUUAUGAUUUGGCAGGACUUCAUGUUUUCGUGCAGUCAAUACCCAUCGGAUAAGGACUUCUUGGCCACAGUGGACAUGGAGGUCACUCAACAGACACGCCGUUUGCAACACCACCCGUCCAUCGCAAUCUGGUCUGGUAACAACGAGAACAUAGUAUACGUUAAUAUGAAUCCCGAUUAUGACAUACAUAAGAAAGACUACAUCGAGCUAUACAUCAAUCAUAUCCGACGUAUAGUACUCCAGGAGGACAACAGUCGGUACUACGUGUCGUCCAGUCCUUCCAAUGGUGAGGCCGACCAGUUGGAGGACUGGGUGCCUAAGAAUGGCGGUGACUAUCAUUACGGCGAUUACCAUAACUACGAGUUUUUUAAGCCGGUGUGGGACUGGCAUGUAUGGGGUGACGGCAAGUUUGCCUCCGAGUACGGGUUCCAGUCGUACGCGUCGGCCGAGACUAUGCUAACGGCGCUUAAUGCUAGUGAACUGACGUACCCCAUAGGGAAGGCACUUGAGCACCGGGAUCGCAAGUUUAAUGGCACCAACACUAUUGACGCUAUGAUGCGUGAGUAUGCCUGA